AGUACCUACGCUUCACAGCAGAGCAUCUUCGACCUGUUGCUGUUGUAGAAAAGUAGCAGUGACAGCAACAAAACAACUUAAUUCGGAGUGCCAUGAUUUGUAUUUCGUAGACCAAAAUAAUUUUAUGUAACAAUAGAGUGGUUGGUUUGGAGAAUAUCCUUUAAUCGAGGCGUCUCCGUUUGCGUUUCUAAUUUUGAUACCUUUCGCUGGUGGGUUCGGGGCUGAAGCGUGGACAAUGGUUGAGCUCGAGAAGGAGGUACUCCCGCUGCCGCCACGGUACCGGUUCCGAGACCUGUUGCUCGGUGACUGGCAGGCAGACGACAGGGUGCAGGUCGAGUUCUAUGUGAACGAAAACACGUUCAAGGAGCGUCUCAAGCUGUUCUUCAUCAAAAACCAAAGAUCCAGUCUGAGGGUGCGCAUGUUCAACUUCUCUCUGAAAGUGCUGAGCUGUUGCCUGUACAUCGUCAGAGUCCUGCUGGACAACCCACAGGAGCAGAGACAAGACUGUAGCGAUUGUCCGAAGCAGAACGCGUCGAGCCGUCCCCGGAGUGAGUUUGACUGGACCCUUAUCAUCUGGGUGGAGAGGCCGCUGCCUCUCUGGGCUCUACAGGUGCUUGUGGCUUUCAUCAGUUUCUCUGAGACCAUGCUGCUGGUGUAUCUCAGCUACAAGGGCAACGUUUGGGAGCAAGUGUUGCGUGUUCCCUUCAUUCUGGAGAUGAUCAGCGCGGUUCCCUUCGUGAUCACUGUGAUUUUGCCCUCCGUUAGAAACCUCUUCAUCCCCGUGUUUCUAAACUGCUGGUUGGCCAAACACGCCUUGGAGAACAUGAUCAACGAUUUGCACCGGGCAAUUCAGCGGACCCACUCCGCCAUGUUUAACCAGGUCCUCAUUCUCAUCAGCACUCUGGUUUGCCUCAUGUUCACCUGCAUCUGUGGCAUCCAGCACCUGGAGCGCGCGGGGAACAACCUGACGCUGUUUGACUCUCUGUACUUCUGCGUGGUCACCUUCUCCACGGUGGGCUUCGGCGACGUCACCCCACAGAUCUGGCCCUCGCAGCUGCUGGUGGUCAUCAUGAUCUUCGUGGCCCUCAUCGUGCUUCCCAUCCAGUUUGAACAGCUGGCCUUCCUGUGGAUGGAGAGACAGAAGUCUGGAGGGAACUACAGCCGCUACCGGGCCCAGACGGAGAAGCACGUGGUGCUGUGCGUCAGCUGCCUGAAGAUCGACCUCCUCAUGGACUUCCUCAACGAGUUCUUCGCUCAUCCCAGGCUGCAGGACUACUAUGUGGUGAUCCUGUGCCCAGCUGAGAUGGAUGUCCAGGUGCGGAGGGUCCUGCAUGUCCCCCUGUGGGCCCAGAGGGUCAUCUACCUGCAGGGCUCCGCCCUCAAGGACCAGGACCUCAUGAGGGCCAAGAUGGACAACGCCGAGGCAUGCUUUAUCCUCAGUAACCGCUUCGAGGUGGACCGCUUUGCUGCUGACCACCAGACCAUUCUGAGAGCCUGGGCGGUGAAGGACUUUGCCCCAAACUGCCCCUUAUACGUCCAGAUCCUCAAGCCUGAGAACAAGUUCCACGUCAAGUUCGCAGAUCAUGUGGUGUGUGAAGAGGAGUUCAAGUACGCCAUGCUGGCCCUGAACUGUGUGUGUCCCGCCACCUCUACCCUGAUCACCCUCUUGAUCCACUCCUCCAGAGGACAGGAGGGCGGAGCCUGCUCAGCCGACCAGUGGCAGCGCACGUACCGCCGCUGCUCGGCCAAUGAGGUGCAUCACAUCCGCCUGGAGGAGAGCAAAUUUUUCGGAGAGUACCAGGGGAAGAGUUUCACGUUUGCCUCCUUUCAUGCGCAUAAGAAAUACGGCGUGUGUCUGAUCGGCGUGCGCAGGCUCGACACCACCAACAUCCUUCUCAACCCCGGCCCCUGUCACAUCAUGGGGGGUUCCGACACCUGCUUCUACAUCAACAUUUCCAAGGAGGAGAACUCUGCCUUCGUCAGAGGCCAGAGGGAGCCCUCCAGGGGGGGGCCAGGGGGCAGCAGCAGGGGCGGCGUCCCCCAGACCAUCUACCAUGGCCUCACUCGUCUGCCCGUCCACAGCAUCAUCGCUAGCAUGGGAACGGUGGCCAUAGAUCUGCAGGACUCCAGUGACAGUAGCCCUGAGGGUCAGGGUCCAGGUGGCAUGGGCCUGGGCAGUGGGGGAGGGGGCCGGAGUGGCUCCAGGACGGAGGCAGGGGGUGCCAACACCCUGGCCCUCCCAGCGAUGGCAGACUCUGCGGAGGAGAGGCGCCACAGCAUCGACCCCGUCCUGGAGCUGGUGGACGGGGUCAACGCGGCCACCUUCGACCUCCUGGGGGACCAGUCGGAGGACGAGGGGGGGGAGGAGGAGAAGGAGGAGAGCGACGGAGACGAGAGGUCCAACUGGUGGGGAGGACACUGCGAGUGGGUGAAGGGGUACCCGCUGAACUCUCCCUACAUUGGCAGCUCCCCUGCGCUCUGCCACCUCCUGCAGGAGAAGAUGCCCUUCUGCUGCCUGCGGAUGGACAAGGCCUGCCACCACAUCCCGUUUGAGGACGCCCGUUCCUACGGCUUUAAGAACAAGCUCAUCAUCGUGUCGGCCGAGAGUGCGGGGAACGGCCUGUACAACUUCAUAGUCCCACUGAGGGCCUACUACAGACCCAGGAAGGAACUCAACCCCAUAGUGCUGCUGCUGGAAAGCAUACCAGAAGCUGACUUCCUGGAGGCCAUCUGCUGGUUCCCCAUGGUGUUCUACACGGUGGGAUCCAUCGACAAUCUGGACAGUUUGCUGCGGUGCGGCGUGACGUUUGCCGACACCAUGGUGGUGGUGGAUAAGGAGAGCUCCAUGAUCGCUGAGGAGGACUACAUGGCUGACGCCAAGACCAUCGUCAACGUCCAGACUCUCUUCAGACUGUUCCCAGCCCUCAGCAUCAUCACCGAGCUCACCCACCCUGCCAACAUGCGCUUCAUGCAGUUCAAGGUCAAAGACCACUACUCCCUGGCUCUCUCCAAGCUGGAGAAGAAGGAAAGAGAGAAAGGCUCCAAUCUGGUCUUCAUGUUCCGUCUGCCCUUCGCUGCAGGGAAGGUGUUCAGCGUCAGUAUGUUGGAUACCCUGCUCUAUCAGUCCUUUGUGAAGGACUACAUGAUCUCCAUCACCAGACUGUUACUAGGACUGGACUCCAUGCCUGGCUCCGGCUUCCUGUGUGCUAUGAAAAUCACAGAGGAAGACCUGUGGAUACGCUCCUACGGCAGACUCUACCAGAAGCUGUGCUCCUCCAACGGCGACAUUCCCAUCGGCAUCUAUCGCACCGAGGCCCACAAGCUUCCUGUCUCUGAGUCCCAGGUGUCCAUUACCGUGGAAGACUACGAGGACACGCGGGAACCCAGAGAGCCCUUGCUCUCCAGGACGGGGCCCCAUCGCAACUCCACCUCCUCCGAGCCCCCCUCCUCGUCCCACUCCUCGGACCACCCCCUGCUCAGGAGGAAGAGCAUGCAGUGGGCUCGCAGGCUGAGCAGGAAGGGGGGCCGUGGGCCCGGCGGCUCCAAGGGGGGCACCGGCAGCGCGGCGGAGCGGAUCAGCCAGCAGAGGCUCACCCUGUUCAGACGCUCGGAGAGACAGGAGCUGAACGCCCUGGUCCGCACGCGCAUGAAACACCUGGGCCUCUCGCCUUCCGGCUUCAAUGGGAUGUCGGACCAGGGCAACAGGUUAUCCUACAUUCUCAUCAACCCUUCCCCUGACACCAGGCUGGAGCUGCACGACGUCGUAUACCUGAUCAGGCCCGACCCCCUGUCUUUGGUGCCCAGCCAGGGGAGCAGCCGGAAGGCCAACGCAGGGAGAUCGGAGGGUCACAGGUUUGACACCCAGGACAGCACCCAUCUGUAAAGGGGAGGAGACGAUCGCAUGAGCCCUGCCAGAGGAGGACAUGAACAAUGAAGCACAUCACAGACAGGAAGAGACAAGAGAGGGAGAGAGAGGGAACGGGCGCCUACGACGAGAGA